UUUUGAAGACGAAUGCUAUAUAGGUUUAAGAAAUACGCAACAGAUCGUUUGGUGCAAACGAGGAGAACCAACACCGAAGAAGACAAUUUCAUCUUUACGAGCUCAUAUUAAUUUAAUUGGUUUCAUUUGGUGGGAUGGUUAUAUCUUUUAUCGAUUUGAUCAAUGGUUAAAUAGUGAUUCAUAUUGUGAAACAGUUGAUCUACUUUUAUCUGAACAUUUACCACAGUUAAAUGGAUACUUAUAUGUUUCUGAUGGUAUUAAAUGGCACAGAAGUGCUCAGUUUAAACAAUGGUGCCAUCAAUACGAUAUUGAAUUAUGUGAAUGGCCAGGUUAUAGCCCCGAUUUCAAUGCAAUCGAGCUGGUCUGGAAUAUUGUCAAGCAAAACGUUAAGAUGAAAAAUCCAAAAUCACAGGGAGAACUCGAGGGUGCUGUCGAUGAAGCUAUAGAUGAAUUAUCAUUGAAUUUUAUUCAAGCAUGCAUCGGAAAGACUCAGAAAAUAUAUCAACAAUUUAGUUUAUCACAAAUUCCAUGCAAUAAAGGUACAAACGCAAAUACAGUUCUUGUUACAAAAUAUUUAUGUCAAACGUGCAACCGUACAAGUUGCAAAUUUUUAUCAGCAAGUAAAAGUUUUCAUAUUGAUCUUUGGUCAACUGAUGAUCUGGCUGAUUUAUUCUUAGAUAUUAACAGCAUAUUUCCAUUUGAUUUGAAAACAACACCUGUUGAUAUGACAAAAGCAACUCAAGCAUUAGCUAAAAUUGCUAUGAUAACGAAUCUGGAAUUCGAUUUUCCUGAUAAUAUGUAUGAAAAUUAA